ACCGCGCCGAGGCGGGGAGCCGCCUGAAGGACCGCGACGGCCGCGCCCGCAGGUCACCUGGAUGUCAGCAUGGCAGCCACAAACCUGGAGAACCAGUUGCACAGUGCACAGAAGAACCUCUUGUUCCUUCAGCGGGAGCACGCCAGCACACUCAAGGGGCUGCACGCCGAGAUCCGGCGACUGCAGCAACACUGCACAGAUUUGACGUAUGAACUGACAGUCAAAAGUUCCGAACAGACAGGCGAUGGGUGUUCCAGAAGCAGUGAGCUGCAGAAGAGGUGUGAGGAGCUGGAAGCGCAGCUGAAGGCCAAGGAGGAGGAGAACACGGAGCUGCUGCGGGAGCUGGAGCAGAAGAACGCGAUGAUCGCGGUGCUGGAGAACACCCUGCGCGAGCGGGAGCGCAAGUACCUGGAGGAGCUGAAGGUCAAGAGCCACAAGCUGAGCCUGCUGUCGGGCGAGCUGGAGCAGCGCGCGGGCACCAUCGCCUACCUGACGGCGCAGCUGCACGCCACCAAGAAGAAGCUCAUGAGCUCCAGCGGGACCUCGGACGCCAGCCCAUCGGGGAGCCCCGUGCUGGCCAGCUACAAGCCGGCACCCCCCAGAGACAAGCUGCCCGAGACGCCGCGCCGCCGCAUGAAGAAGAGCCUGUCGGCGCCCCUGCACCCGGAAUUCGAAGAGGUCUACCGAUUCGGGGCCGAGAGCCGGAAGCUACUCCUGCGGGAACCGGUGGACGCCAUGCCCGACCCCACCCCGUUCCUGCUGGCCAGGGAGUCGGCCGAGGUCCACCUCAAAGAGCGGCCUCUCGUCAUCCCGCCCAUCGCCUCUGAGCGCAGCACCGGCGAGCAGCACAGCCCGGCCCGCGACAAGCAGCACAAGGCCCACGUGGGGGUGGCCCACCGCAUCCACCACGUGGCCCCGCCGCAGGCGCAGCCCGAGGUGGAGACGCUGGCGGUCGACCAGGUGAACGGGGGCAAGGCGGCGAGGAAGCAGCCGGGCACGGACAGAACUGUGUGAGCCGCCGGCGCCCGCUGUCCACGCACUGUGAGCACUACUAGGAAACUCAUCCACAUUUUUGUUUUAAUCCCGUGCAUGCCAAAUUCUUUUCAGACCUGUCCACCGAUUCUCCUCCGCCUGCCCUCCGAGUCCCUGCUGCAGAAGACGUAUUUACCAUCUGCCGUGGCCAAACACCUGCGUGCCGGUCGCUUGCUUCUAACCCACUCUGUGUAAGUGAAGCGCUUGCGCACAGAGCGCAGGCCUCAGGCCGCGCCACUACGCGACGUUCGUGACAUCAGAUAGCCUCACGCCAAAUUGCAAAGUCUGAGCAACACAUACCAACCUUGACCUUCCCCCUGGGCUCCAGGGCAGCCUGUGCGAAGCAGCCCCUGCUCCCUCCUGGAGACCCUGUAACCUCCCCACAGACCUUUCCCAGGGCGGCACCGAUCACCGAGCAGCUGUGUGUAUAGCUCAAGGAACUAAAUAAGAUGACGUUACUCCUCAUAGCACCGCAACCUGAAUGUGUGUUCAUAUUUUUUUGUUAGGUUUAUCCAAAAUGUUUAAGAUCCCAACAAACUUUAUUUUCUAAACCUG